CGAAAGAUUGGAGCAGGAGCUUGUGGCGCAAUCUUUGGGGUUGAUGGAGAGUCAAUGGUCUUCAAACUGGCAAAGGCAGACCAGGAAUCGUUAUGGAACGAUUUCCGAAUGCACAAACUUGUGGCGGAGAGUUUUCGCAAAUGGAAGUCUCCCAAAUGGAAAUAUACCGACGUCAAAGUCCCCGCCUGUCACUACUUUGUGCCGCAAGACGACCAUCUCUACUUUGAUAAGAAUCCCAGCCUGGUAGAAGCCGCCAAAGAAACAUGCAACCUGCCAACAAGCGUUCUCGUUUCCGAGCGAAUUCAACCACUUUCGAAGCCUACCCGCGCCUUACUCAUCGACAAGUACUGUCCACCCCAAGCCAAGCAAAUGGCUCUCAAUGCUGCCGCGAAUAAAGACUGUCUAGUGCGACUAUAUCUCGGGUCGUUGAAAGGCAGAGAGGAACGGUCUUUUUCGCUCAGAAAUUUCAAAAUGCACCUGGACCAGAUGGUAGAGCUUCAGCUAGACAUCAAAGAGCUGGCUGGCAAAAUGGCCACUGCCAUGGCCAUUAUGCACUGGGCUGCCAAAACCGAUGCCCGAGAUAUCGAGUUUGUCCUAGGCAGCUCUCCUCUGAAAGCUGUGGCUGAGAUGAAUUUCUUCGUUCGCACAACGGAUCUCUGGCUGCUGGAUUUCAAUCAGGUACGACAAAUAUCCAUGGAUGAAGCCGGCGUUGCCAUGGCGGUCGAAGCCAUCAAGCUCAAUGAUCCGUAUAUCCCUAAGCCGCUGCAAAGGUCAAAAGUUCAAAGGCAAAUGUGGGAUGAAUUUGUUGAGCAAUAUCUUGUUGCAGCACAUGCGAUCUUACGAGAGGAGCCCAAUUACACGCAAGUAUCGGGUUUACCCGCCAUGUUCAUCAGCGGAGUCAUUGAU